AUGGUUAAGGAUCUGGUAGUCAAGUGCAGGGGCCUGCCUUAUUCUUGCACUGAAGAUCAGCUUAGAAAGUUUCUUGGUGAUACUGGCAUUAGCAAGGUGAAUCUGAUUAUGAGAGAUGGCAAGGCCGCUGGUGAUGCUUUCGUGCAUUAUAGCAAUGAGGAUGAUUAUAAGCGUGCUCUGAAGAAAGAUCGUGAACACAUGGGCCACAGGUACAUUGAAGUAAUGCCAGCUGAUGAAGACGCCCCAAGGUCAAGCGGUAGAGAUCGUGAAAGGGGAAGAGACCGUGAUCGUGAUCGCCGUGAUCGCAGUUACGGAACCUAUGGUCGUGGCAGCUCGCGUGCGAUGGGUUCUUAUGGUGGUAACGGCGAAGGUGUUGUCCGUCUCCGUGGGCUUCCGUAUGGGGCUCGUGAGCGCGACAUAUAUGAUUUCUUUGCACCCUUGCAGAUAGUUCCGGAUGGAAUCCUUCUACCGGAUGAGCGCAUAGCGGCUAAGACAAACGGCGAGGCAUUUGUUGUGUUCGUUGAUCAAGAAACCGCUGAUCGCGCGUUGAUGCGUCACAUGAAAAACAUGCAGCACAGAUACAUCGAGGUGUUUACGGCGUCGUACGGCGAGAUGGUGCAGUUCUGUGAUGACCACCGUCUGCGCGUGCCGCGUGGUAACGGGGGAGGCUACGGUGGUAUGGCUCGUGGCGGCUUUGACGACAGCUAUGGUGGAUACGGGUUCUUCGGUCGGUCAGGUGAUCGCGGAGCGGCAGUCGGUCCAUGGGAUGAUAGUCGCAGUGCUGCCUUCGGAGCUGCGCCUUUGGCUGACCCAUACUCAGGAGGUUACAAUAGCUCAUGGGCAGCUACACGCCCGGUUUCUCCCCCGCGUGUUGGGUCUUCGUAUCCAGACACCUAUGGCAGGGGAACACUCGCUGAUCCCUAUGGUAGAGCUGUACCUGCAUCGGAUCCAUAUGGACGCCCUGCAGCAGAAGAUCCCUACAGUCGAGGAUCGAGGCGGUCGGAUGACUUGUACGGACGCAGGUCCGAUCCGUUUGAGAGCUACCCUCGUACGGGUACAGAAACAUGGCGUGAUGACCGCGCACCGGCCGCUCCAGCAGUUCCUGCGGCAGGAUAUAGUGACUCAUGGCAGGACUAUGGUUAUUCGAGCUCUGGGGGAGGACCAAUGCGUGUCCGUGAUCAGUGGCGUGAUGAUUCCCGCGGACCGGCUGCUGCACCACGUGGACGCGAACGACCUGGACAGAAAUACACACUGAAGAUGAGAGGGGUACCGUUCCGUGCCAUCGAGGCGGAUAUUUACGACUUCUUUGAACCAAUUCGUCCCACGAACGUUGAAAUAAUUCAUGAAGCAAGUGGACGUCCAUCAGGUGAAGCCCGUGUCGAAUUUUCGAGCAGGAAGGAUUACGAUGAGGCACUGCUGAAAGACAAGCAAUACAUGGAGCGGGUGUUAGCCAUGACUUUCUACACGGGAAGUGGUGGCAGUCGAAGAGGUGGUUACGUGCCCGGUCGUGAUCCGAUGGUGGAUGAGGUGAUGCGAGGUUGGCAGCAGAGUUUACAAGAAAUGGAUUUGUCUGUUGGAACCUACAUAAUUGACAAUCCGAAAAAGAUGGAGGAAUGGCUGGAAUGUAUAAGGGCGUCAUUGCCAGGAGGAGGGAAGAACUUUAGAGUGAUCACUAGUAUGCGGCUCAUUGGUAUAUUCAUGGUGCUGUUUCAAUCGAAAGCCUCCGUUGUGAAAGUAUCGAAAAUCAAUUCUGCAUACAUUGCCACAGGCAUCUCAAUGUUUAUCAAUAAGCUUGGCAAUAAGUUCACCGAUGUAUCCAUUUGCAUAACGACGUUCAACGUAAAUGGAAAGAGCCCUCCGGAAAUUAUUCGUGGGUGGUUUCCUGAUGGCAGCACUUGUGACUUCUAUGCAAUUGGUUUACAAGAAAUGGAUUUGUCUGUUGGAACCUACAUAAUUGACAAUCCGAAAAAGAUGGAGGAAUGGCUGGAAUGUAUAAGGGCGUCAUUGCCAGGAGGAGGGAAGAACUUUAGAGUGGUGAGAUUAAUCGCCUCGUCAUCGGAAUUUCCCAUACUGUUCAAAUAUGACCAGUUACGGGAGCAACAAUCGAAUGGACAGGUGUUUGUAGGAUUUCAAGAGCCUGAUAUACUACCAUUCCGACCAACUUAUAAGUACGAUGUCGGGACAUCAACAUGGGACUCGAGUGAGAAGGCUCGUGUACCAGCAUGGUGUGACCGUAUCCUCUGGUGGACACGUGAUCCGGAGACUCGUUUGAAAGUGUCGCAUUAUGAAAGUGCUGAGUGGAUCAUAAUAAGCGACCAUAAACCAGUUCGAGCUGCUUUCAAACUCGGCGUACGGAAAAUUGAUCAGGAGAAAGCCGAUCGAUUGUACGAUGAGGCUAUACGAGAAGCAGAUCGCAAAGCAAAUGAGCUAUUGCCUCAGGUGUCGCUGAGUAUGACUGAG